AUGGCAGCUCGCAGCAGGCCGCGUGGUGGGCAGAUCAAGGACGAGUUCGACGAGGAAAGAUCGCUCUGGAACCAGAUCAAGUCGGAUGCACGUCAAAUCGACCAACUCAUGAAGAGGUUGAUGGAUACGCCUGGGUUUCGCAACAAGGCCCGGAGUCCAGAUACGCUGAAGAAAGAGACGACAGAGGAACGUGCCUUGUGGAAGCGGAUCAAGGAAGGAGGCGAAGAAGCCGACCUUCGUCUCGCGCAAGCAGAAGUCGUUCGCAAGAAGAUCGUGGACCUGGAAGCCGAUCAAAAUGCCCGAUUAGCCCGCGGAGCUCAACCCUCCAACCGCAUCGACGAUGAUCUUGAGCACAGCCUGCGUGAACUCAUCAGGCUCGACAAUGAGGUGGUUGGCGUCCUCAAGUCCUCCGACGGCGACAACGACAUCUCCACGCAGCUGCAGGUCUUGUCUGCACUCCGCAGCUCAGAUGACGCACCCGCCUCUGCAUCACGCGCAAACAGUGUCGGCAAAUCUCGGGGAGACCGGCCGGGCAAGCAGCGGAAAGUCACCGACAGCAUCGACGAUCGCGACAGUAUUGCAGCUGACAGCCCUGGCCCGAGUCCCAAAGUGGUCCUCAGCCAGAAAGACAAGCUCAUUGCAAAGUCGUCUAGCAGCAGGGCGGGAUCGGUACCUGUUGGGCGCGAAGGGAGUGUGAAAGCCGAGGACGAUGACAAUGGUAAGGACCACCCGCCUCGUCGCCUGUCGCCCAACACCGAAGUCCUGUACCGCAACAGCAAACAGCGUGUCAAUCAAGAGGGCGAGGGUAUCCUCUGUCGUGUGACCAGCGUGAUCGGAGACGGAAAGCAACGCCGCUACGAGAUCAUCGACGCAGAUCCCGACCCGCCCACACCUAGCCAGCCCUACCGCGCUUCCGUCGCCCAUCUCGUACCCAUCCCAUCGCCUUCUGCUAACACCACACUCCCGGAUCUGCCCAAGAAGAGAGGCGUGCUGGCGCUGUAUCCAGGCACGACGACGUUCUACAAGGCGGAAGUCGUUGCCAACUGGGUCGCUGAGAGAGUCAAGAAGGAGAAGGACGACAAAGAAGCGAGUGCAGAUGGUAAGGAGAACCUGGUUCGUCUCCGGUUUGAGGGCGAGGAUGAGGCCGACCGGGAGAUGAGCGUUGAGAGGAGAUACGUACUGCCUGACAAAUGA